AUGACCUACCGAGGCACGCUGCCUACGGGGCAGCCGGGUUUCCCAGGCCAGCAACAGCAACAGGACCAUCACCAGAUGUAUGGCAGUCCGAUGGGCGGCUACCAACACCAGGGACACUUUCAGCAGCCGCAAUCCCAGUUUCAGCAGCCGCAACCCCAGCCGCCGCCGCAACAAAAUCAUCAAGGGCUGUAUGUAAAUGGCAUAGGAGACCAGUUCUAUGGUCAGCAGCAUCAAAACCAAUUCGUUCAACAGCAGAGUCAAUAUGCUGUGCAUCAACAGGAGAUGCUGCGAAUGCAGAUGGCCCGACAGCAGCAGCAGCAACAGCAACAACAGCAACAGCAGCAGUCAGCAGCGCGUUUUAUGGGCGGCGGCGGCGGCGGCGGCGGAUAUCAUGACUAUCAAGCUAUGAUGAGGCAGACUCAGCAUAUGCAUCAGCAACAUUCAUGGCCGCAGCCGCAGCCGGUGUCGCAACAGCAGCAAUACGCGGGUCAUCCAUCUCCGAGGCCAAGUUUGACGGGAAUGGCACAGACACCACAGCAUGCUCAACACAUGUUGCAAUCGCAACAGUCGCAGGCACCAGACCACAUGCUGCAGAGAAUGUACCAACAGCAGCAGAUGCAGCAACAACAGGCGACCCAACAAAUUCUUCGAUCGCCGCAAAUACAUCAACAGCGCGCAUCUCCGCAACCGAGAGGCUCGCCGUUAUUACCGUCACAAAUGCAGAGGAAGCAUUCACUACAAGGACAAACGGGGCAGCAGGCGAUGCAAUCUCCAAUACAACAGCAGUUACAGCACCAGUUUCAAUCGCCGCCGCCGCCGCGGAUGAAAUCUAGUACCCCUGUGCAAAACCAGAUGCUUCUUCAACAACCUCCAACACAGUCACAGACACCACCACAACCACAGCAUCGACGACUUCAGCCCACGCCUACUCCUCCGCCGCCUCCCCAACAACAACCCGCUCCGGAACCUGUACAAGAGGUACAAGAACCGCCGCCUAUACCUGUACCCGAGCCGGAACCGGAGCCGGAGCCGGAGCCUGAGCCUGAGCCUGCUCCUGCGCCAAUACUCGAUGUACCGGUAGAUGAGCCUCCUCUGCCGCCUGCAAUUCAAGAACCCAUCAACUUUGUCAACCCAUUAGAUAUAUUUAACGCGCCACCGCCUCCUCCAUUACCGCCUCUCCCCAUGGGCGACCCCAACAGCUGGGGUAAGAAGGAACCCGACCCAGAGCCCGUGGAAGAUUCUAUCACCGUCAAACCAUCUGAACCAACCAUCAGCGUGAAAUCGUCACCAGUGCAAGAGUCAAUCACAGUGCACACUGCGGUUAAACCAGAAAUGAAGCCGGAAAUUAAGCAAGAACCAAAAUAUGAACCCAUGCGCAUCAAGUCUAGUCCGCACUCAUCUGUUACCAAUUCUCCCGCCCUCUCUACAAAAUCUCCAAGUAUUACCAAGCGAUCACCAGCUCCGAAACCUCGCGUCAACACGAUCCCCAUAAUGGUCGCGAUAGCUGAAGAAUGUCUCGAAAAAGCCCGCAGUUCCGUACACGACGUGGCCAUGUCCCUUGACCCUGAGAAGGUAGACGAAUACCAAAAGUUGAUAGCCACGAGCCUGUCAUGUCUGGAAGCAGUCAUGCAAAACAACAAGCUUGCGCCAAGGGAAGAGGCUCGAUUGCGAAUGAGAUAUGCUGCUAUUUUGCACGAAGAGACGGAGAACUUGAUGGAAGCGGAGACGGCCCUUGGGAAGGGUAUCAGCCUCUGUGACAAGCACCGCUUAAUCGACUUGAAAAACUGCAUGCAGUAUCUAAUGCUGAAGGUUCUGUUUCAACGCAAUCACAAGGCGGCCCUGAAAGCGGUUGACGGACACAUAUCUGACUGCGAGGCAUUCAAACACGUGCAAUGGUACUACGCCUUUCGUCUGUUGAAGUCAACAUUUUACAUGGCCAUGGGAAGCGCCUCAGAUGCCGCUGCGCUGGAAAACAUCCGGGCCGUCCAAAAUGUUGCCACCUCCAGAGGCGACAACGCUAUGACCGUUUUUGCAUCAAUCCUGGAAGGGCUGGCGCUCCUCAAGACUUCUAAAGAUAGCAACAUCGAGCGUGUGCAAUCUUGCAUUGCUCAAGUAGCCAAGUUCCAAUUCGACCCGACUGUCAAGAUUAUGCAACUAGAAAUGUUGACUCUGGUCUUGGACUUUGCGUCUAGUCUAUACCGUCAAAGUCCCGACACGACGGCGCAGAAACUCCGAUUACUGCAGCAAAAAUUAGACGCAUGUGAGGAAUGGAAUAAUGUCAAGGCGGAUUUUCUGAUUCCUGUCAAGAAGCAGCCUUCAAAUACCCGUCCUGUUAGCGAGGAAACGUCGGGCAUCAUUCGUCUGGCAGGCGAGGGUGACGGAGAUGUUGACUUUAUUGUAAUGUCGUUUAUGACCAAAGUAGAGCUACGGUCGCUUGUAUUUACUUUCAGUGGACUGGCCAACAUGCACAAACCUUCGUCACAAGGACGACGCUCUACCGAGUUUUGGCUAGAAGGCGCCAAGAUUCUCGAUACCUGGGACAGCUCAACCUCUGGUAUUCCGUAUGGGCCUUCUGUGUCGUUGUCGACAGCCAUUCGACAACGAUCAUGGCGGACAGAAGCCCAAGCUUAUCUUAAUGUAUUACUAGGUCUCCUGGCAGCAAGCCACUGUCAAUGGGGCAAAGUGAAGCAAUUCAUGGAAAAACUCGAAACUCUAAUUACACCAUCUACACAGCUCACAAUAGGGCUCCUCUCCACCUAUCUUACCGGCGUGUACCACCAGGGGACGGGCAACCUCGAAGCCGCCCUGGCCAUCUUCCUAGAGGGACGGUUCGAUAUAGCCCAAACAUCGGGCAGCAGCAAAGCUGGCCAGCAAGAAAUUGCGCUCCUUGCUGGUCUGAACCGCCUGUGGAUCAUGCAACACCCCAGUUGCAGAAACGACUACCAGACGCAUGAGCUGAUUGAGCAACUGCAGCCAUUCUGCUCGAAUCACUGGAACAUUGACUUGCGCACUGCGUGGCAUAAUGUCGUUGCCGCGCUGGAAACAGAUCCCCCACAGCAGCUGAACCAGCAGAAGCAGCACAUCCAGGCGGCCAUGUCCGGGUCCAAGGUGACCAACAAUAUCCUGGGAGCGGCAGUCACGCUAUGCAUCAUGCGAAGCCGGUUCUUUGAAAACGUCAUCGGGGAACAGGCGCUGAAGAGUGCGCGUGCGGCGUCGAAACAAGCCCAGAGGAGCGGCAACAUGUUGUGGCAGAGCGUCGCGGACGGCAUGCUCGCGCAGUCGUACGAGGUCCAGGGCCACAGAGACGAAUCCAUUCAAGAGUGGGAGAAGGCUACAAGGGAGGCCAAGGAUGCAUUUGCAGGGAGUUGGUAA